GAAGAAGUAACUUCAAUCAGAUUUUUAAAGAAAAGAAUGGCUAGUUUGUUGAUCACCAGUUUCGCUUUAAUCUUCGUUUCGGUGAUGUUUCUCUCUCAAGCGAAAGAAACAGUCGGAAAGGUAAAAAAGUAGAAACUUUAUGUUCGUAAUUAAUACUCAUUUCAUUAAUUUUGCUUUCAUCUCUUAUUUUACGGUGCGUUUGAUUCUUAAAGCUUUGAUAAAAUUCAGUCCACGGCCCCGUUUAAGAAGGCUGGUUUAUCUGGUCAAAAAUCGACAAUUAGCAAGAGUAUAACAUUAAUUUUGGUUUAAUUUACAUGAUACUUGGUAGAAAAUUUUAGCAGAAAAAAUUACGGUUAGCCAUAGAGUACUCCGAGUUUUUAAUAUAAUAUCAGUACGUGGUACCAAAAAAAAAAUGAAAAUAAAACAGCUUCUAAAUAUUUUAAAAGUAACAAUACAUCGUGAAAUUUGAUCGAAGGCAUAAUUAUUUAUUGAGCAUAUCAGUUCUUGAAUUAGGGUAUUUUUGUUCAUUUUCAUUCAGCUAUUGCAUCGUGGAAAUCAUGAACAAGGCAAUCAAAUUUUACUCCACAAAAGAAGUAUCUACACGAAUCCUUUGUUAGGUGAGUACAAGUAAUGUUUAAAUAACAGUUUUUUAUUGGCUAAUUAACUGUUCAAAAAGGGCUAUUAUACUAUUCUACUAGCUUGUUUUUCCAAGCUAAGAUCUGCUGCCGUCAGAGUUAUCUUGACUUUAUCUUUAGCGAUUUGCGGCAAUUACAAAAACUCUUUAUCAGUAGUUUGUACCUAAUCAGUAAUGUUGGAUUAUGCCAGCAUUUGAAAGCCAGUCAGUGGAUGACUAUGAAGCUUUAGUACCCGUCAGGAGCCGAGUAUAAAAUCAUGCAGUGGAUGGAAAUUUGGCGCGUUUUGAUUAGGCCACGUAACUCGGAAAAUCAUUGACAGAUUUAACAAAGAAGAGGUGACGAUAGUCACUAUCGAAGUCACUGACUCGACAAAUUGCAGAGUGGCGAAUUGUGCACCGGAAGUCGCUUUCAGUCUUUUUCGCGCGCUUUUGCGAUUUCAGCGUUUCAUUGACGUCGCGUUGUCUUUCCUAAGGCUCCUGCUUCUUCACUGUUUGAAAUAGAGUCUCGCGAGAGUUUUGGAAGACGACAUUUUAGCAAUAAACUGAUGAGGCGACUGUACUAACAAAUCAGCAAGAAAGCUACGAAAUUAGGCUUGUCGGUAUCUCGACUGUUUGGUAGAAGAUUAUUUUCUUAUUAGUUACUACAAAAUCAGAAAAAUUCACUUAGCAAAUGGGAAAAAAAAACAAAAACGAAGUAUCUGUUAACAUUGUCAAUUAAAACGUAAACAAAUUACUCAAUUUAUACUACUACAUGAGAAAUUACUGCAAUCUGAUUGGCUUAAAGCAGUGGUAUUUCAGCCUAAUUUGAAAUACCUACAUGUGAGAAUUACAAACUUUUUGUGGGUAGUAGUAUGAACAAAUAAUAGCAUGAUUUGUACAUGAUAUUUGGCAUAAAUACUACUCGUGAUAUUUCAAAUUGCCUCAAAUUUCACUUUCACUUUAUGCCAAAUAUCACUACUAAUCAUGCUAUUACCUAUACAAAUUUCGUCUUUUAUUUACAAAAAUUAUUGCCUUUUUUACUUUCAUUCUACUGACUGGGUCAGGGUCUGUGAAUAGUGCUAGUUUUGUACCUCGAAGCUUUGCGGCCCGGCAUACAUCCAGCAGUAUUCACCUACACCUCACUUUAGGGGGAUAGUUGUAUAUUAUAUUUGCGCUCAUUGCGUUUUUACAUAGAGGGCUCUAAAUGGUACAGUAGUUUUCCGGCGAACCCUCUGUGCGAACAUGGCGCUAAAGCUCCGAGCGGCUGGUGACGCAGCAAAGGAUAUUUCUGAUCUUCGUGUAAUUUCUUCUCAAAAUAUAAAAUUUACAUUGUGGCUUUCUUUCAAUUUAGUGUACCGCUGCUCCCUUCCUCUUGGUUUGGAGAAUGGUCACGUUCCAGAUGCAGCAUUUUCUGCAUCCUCCAGCCAUCAGGCCAAAUAUGCACCAGCAAGAGCGAGAUUGAACUUACAGGGUAAUAGUAAAGGAUAUGGAGCCUGGUGUGCAAAAACUAACGACGGCAAACAAUGGCUGCAAAUUGACUUUGGAGAGCUGGUGCAAGUGACUAAAGUUGCAACCCAAGGACAACAGGACGGUAACCAUUGGGUAACAAAGUUUACUCUCUCUUACAGCAUGGACGGGAUACACUGGGCCGAGUACAAAGAAAAAAGUGUCACGUGGGUCAGUGAUAAUCAUCAACUGCUUCAUUCAUGGACAAAACUGAUGAGACAGUUCUAUCUAAUUUUUUUUUAACUUUUGCCCCACAGAAGCAUCUCCUAAAAACAGAAAAGAGUGAGCCCCUCCCCACCCCCUAUUCAAUAUUGCUUUGGUUUAAAAACCGACGUGUAUAAUUCUGGUGUUACCCUAAACAAAACUGGAUAAGAGGAGGGGGAAAUAGUCGUUCAGCUUGGCGACGGUUUCCCUAUUUGUCAGGCUGACAGGAAAACUGAAUAGGUAUUGUUUUGUAGUUUGUCUCAACACGUUUUGAUGAAAGUUGUAGGCAUUACCUUUUCGAUGUCAUUAUCAUAGUCAAAAAGCCCCGGCCUAAAUAUGUAUCGCAUCUAUGAUACGUAACUUUCUUAUGGUAUAAUGAAUGUUCUCAUUUUGCCAUGAUUUGUAUGUCACGUUUAUUGCUUAAUAAUUCCUGGCAAUUUAAUUCUUGUCCUUCCUUUGUUGUCUUUAUUUUUUCUUCUUUACUCGAUCCCUCUUAACUAUAGAAUAUAUUUUAAACUUUUUUAUUUCUUUGUUUCAGGCCUUUUCAGGUAACAAGGACAGAAAUACAUUAGUGGAACACUUACCGGUGACAGCGUUCAAUGCUCGAUUCAUUCGCUUUCACCCAAAAACAUACAGUGGACAUACUUGUCUAAGAGCUGAGGUGUAUGGUUGUCGAAAUGGUACGUUAAUCAGUUUGGUAUGUAUUUUUAGCGGGAAGAGUUCAUUCUGUUUACAUAAUGUCUAAGAAAUAAAUAAUUUAACGUGAUUAAGUGUAGGGAGCAAUAGUACGGAAUCAGAAAAGAUAGAGCAGGCAAACUGUAUGGACAAAACUGGGUUAAAUAGAGGCAAUUUUGAUUAGAAACAAAGGGCAGCAUCUUUGAGUCAGGAUCACAUCUCAUAUCCGUAAUGACAGAAGAAAUAAUUAAUCAGACGACCCCCCGUGAUGUGAAUCUCGUCAGAUUUAAUCGGAAAACAGGACAUCGAAGGACGGCAGUACACUUCGUAAUAAGAGAGAUAAGUAAACGAAACUUGUAAUUAGUAACAUGUAAUUCACCUCUUUAUGAUUGUAAUGUAUUAUAAUUAUCAUAAUAAAUAGUGGAAUUAUUUUCAAAAUUAAUCAGCUGCCUCAAUUGGUCCCAACAAAUACGAUUACAAGUACUUGAUCACUUGGAGUCUAUUUUUGUAGUUCACAGUUGUUCAAUGCCACUUGGUGUGGAGGACAUGCGCAUUUCUGACAGUGCAUUCACAGCUUCGGGCAGCUACAACAACGACCACAGACCUUCUCUUGCGAGACUAAACCUUUUAAGUGACGGUAAACAUAUCGCUGCUUGGUGCCCGAAAGCUAAAAGUACAAAUCAAUGGCUGCAGAUCAACCUAGGGGAAAUAACUGCUGUCACUAAGGUAGCAACACAAGGGAGGUACAGCAGCGAGGACAGAGUUAAAACAUACAAACUGUCGUAUAGUAUAGACGGGAUUCAUUGGACUUGGUACAAGCAACGAGCCGUAGAUAAGGUAACAAGAGAGAUUCCAAAUGUUAUGGGACUGAGGAAGCCAAAGUCUAUUCCAGCAGUAAAUGAAUAGCCUGCGAAUAGGUUCUCGGUUGUGGACUGGAGCUGGAAGAGGGCUUAAUUCUAUCAAUCAAUCGAUCAAUCAGUCAAUCAAUCAAUCAAUCAAUCACCAUUGACUGAAACGGACUACAAUACAGAGUGAGACUGCUGGAGUAACAUUAUAUUUGUAGAGUACUUGUGAUCUGCGCGUAAUUUGACUUAAUUUGCACUGUCAGUAAUAAACCAGAUAGUAGCUGACUGACUGAUGAUUGAGAGGGGGUGCAUCGGUUUGUCUAGAUCUAUCAGCAUCUAUCAAUGGGAUUGGCCUACAAAACUACUCUUAUUUCGGAUUUUGAAGUUAUUUUCAGUAUUUGGACGCAAAUUUAUGCGUAAUUAAACAUCGCAAUUUAUACAAGCUUACUAAUGCCGUUUUUUGUAACAAAGCAAUAAUUAUAUAGAACCUUGAUAACAUUAAAAACGGAAAUUGAAAAUUACAUGGUAAUUUAAACAUUGAAACCAAACUUCAAACAUCUUCACGAAAAUGGCGUUUCGUCGAAAUACAGCAGCCGUUACCCUCAAAACACCAGUUUUGAUUUUAUAAAGCACCAAAAAUAAUAUCUUACCACUGUGUAAAAAUUUACAAGGUAGGUAUUUGAAGUUUCUAAACGAAUAUAAUGGCAUCCAGUUGAAAGUAAACUAUGCAAAUGUAACUACUCAUCUUCUCGGGUAGAGUCUUCACAACUGUUAACUACACUGUAACUUUCCUCAGGUGUUUGCUGGGAACACUGACAGAAACACAGUGAUUAUACACACCUUAAAGCCCCACAUAGAAGCUCGCUUUAUCCGCUUUCAUCCAUUGACUCACAAUCUUAAUAUUCCGUGCCUGAGAACUGAACUGUAUGGCUGUCGAAGUGGUAGGUAUCUCGUGUUACUUCAUAUCUUAGUAUGUUUCCAUCUUUCAGUUUUCUUUUCUUUUUUUACUUCAUAUCUUCCUGUAAAAAUUUACUUAAUUACUCCUUGGCAUAAACUUUAUUACUUGUUGUAUUAAUAUCACGAGUAGGAACGUUGCAAAUCGAUUAAGUCUUUUCUCCAUGCAUUCUCGAUCUAAAUACUCUUUUUUGUGGAUAAUUUUAAAUAGAUUUUGAGCAUUGCGCUUCUAGAGGACGAACAACGCAAGCUGUCUGUAAUUUGACACGGUUAUAAUUUGAUAUUUUAUCUAGUGAAGAACUGCUUAAUGCCCGUGGGGGUGGAAGACGGUAGAAUUCCUGAAGAAGCAUACUCUGCGUCAUCAUAUUACAGUGCCAACCAUCUUCCAAACCGAGGCAGGCUUAAUUUGUUACCAAAUGGCGGGAAAUAUUGUUGGGCUGCUAAACAGAACAAUGCUAAUCAAUGGCUUCAGGUACUUGAAUGACAACCAGGCCAUUCAUGACGUUAUGUUUAAUCUAAAUGUAAUACUAAUAGCAAUGUAAAUCGACUCUUUCAAGAAUUUUUGCAAAGUACCUUUUUGUCUUUUCGAAAUUAAAAUACCUCUAAAUCCUGUUUAACAUCAGAUGUUUUCUCAGUGCUAUUCUCGUGAAGAUCUAGUUUGAAAGAUGAAUGUUCACUAAAUUACUUUUGAUUCCCAAGGUUAAGAUAAGAUCCUUUAAAACUUGUGUGUGAAACUAAACUGAACUUAGCUGCACGUCGAAGAAACUGCGUGUUCGAUUAAGAACAAUGAGCUCAGCUCUGCAUAUUCUGCUAAUUCUAGGUUAAACUGGGUCGCCUAUUCAAGAUAAGAGGCGUGGCCACUCAGGGUCGCCAUGACGCUGACCAGUGGGUAACAAAGUUCUCAGUGUCUUAUACCGCAGACGACCUCAACUGGGUUUACAUCCGGGAAGACAGUCAAAUCAAGGUAUAAUAAAAACUGAAAAAAGAGGACUGGCUGCUGGCUGCGCGUAAUACUAGACGGCAACUGACUGGCUUAACUAGCUGAAUCACGAGCUAUGGUGACUAAAUUAUAGUUAGACUAACUAUAGGUGAUGAAUGAACUAAUGAAUGAGUGAGAGAAAUUACGAGAAAGUAAAUAACUGAAAGGGUGAGUACGAUGAAGAUAACUAAAUUAUCAACCCAUUUAUGCUGGUCAUCUGCCCUUAAUUUUAGUGAUUUAAAGAACAGCGGUAGUUAAAUAUUGCAAGCGUCUUGAAAAAAAAUGUUUUUUCCAGCCAAUUACAAGCGACUUCACUGACGUAAUGACCUCUUUAUUAGCAUGCUAACUUCAGAAAUACAAUCUUAAUGACUAAAUGUUACAUUCGUUCAUUUAUUUGAACUGGAUUGAUUCUUCUGCAGGUGUUCCUUGGCAACAGUGAUAGAACUACAGUGGUCAAACAUUUCUUUCAUCCUGACAGUCCUUAGAAACGAGCUUAAUAAGCAAAGGUGGGAUUCCGAACCGUACCGGUACAAAGUUACUCUCACCUUUAAAUACCGACACUUCUACCAUAUAUUUAAAAAGUAUAAAAAUAUAGUAAGAGAAAGGAUGUAGCCUGAGAAAGCAGACGACCUUUCACGACGCCACCAACGGUUUCCCCGCAAAAUGACGUCUGAAAAACGAGCGCAGAAAUUCCAUUCUGAUGACACCUCUGGGCACUGCUUCUGAUUAGUCGUACUGCUUGUGAAAUUUGCUUCAACCAAUCAGAAGGGUUCUCUGAAGUCCCUUUCACGAAACAAAUGUGGAGUCAAGAUCAAGGGCCUAACGUCUUUUGACUGCUCAGCCAAUAAUCUGAACUGAAAAUCUGGAAAAUGAAAGCUUUUAUCAUAACCAGCAUGAUAAGAUAUCACAAGUUUACAUGCGUUUUGUCUGCUACUAACAGAGCUAAGCGGUGUGCUAGUUGCACAAUGAGAAUUCGAAGUUUGAGUUCUCGAUCUUUUCGUUAAUCAAAAGCAAUCUUGCUCCCAGAGUCUUCUGGCUUUUUUAAAAGCUGACCAAAAAGAGAGAAGACUCUUAUCUGGGUACGAGGUUUCAAGAAAAACUGCCUUACAAAAGAGAACAUUGAACGAGUGUAUAUCAGUAGACCGUUGUGUUAGUGAAUUAAUUUAAUUAAUCGUCACCACGAUUCGCUUGAUCUUUCUGUCUUUUGUGACAAAGUUUGUUUUUUGUGAAGUAAUUUACAUGUAAGUUGUUUAAAUUAUAAACCUUCAAUAAAAAGCUGUCCUGUCAGCAGCCGGUACCAAACAAAUUAAAUGCUAAACCUAAACUGAGUCUUGCAGAGCGUUAACGGUAACAGUAUUUUCUGUCCCCUAUUUUCCAUCCAGCAGCUCGCAGUUGUUUCCUCCCACUGGGUAUGGAGAGUGGACAUCUGCCUGACAGCGCAAUUUCGGCAUCAACAUCCUACGACGCCAAUCACAUUCCUCAGUUUGGCCGCCUAAACAAAAUCCCAGCUAGUGGAAAAGCAGGAGCCUGGUGCGCUAAGAGUAACGAUGUGAAACAGUGGCUGCAGGUUUACUUUGGACGACAAACUACAGUGACUAAAGUGGCGACCCAAGGGAGGUACAAAUCUAACCAAUGGGUGACAAGCUACACUUUGUCAUAUAGCGUGGAUGGUGCUCAUUGGGUCUGGUACAGACUUUCUAAUGGACACAUUAAGGUAUGACUGACAUGCAAUGGAAUUUCAGGUAAAUCUUGUUCUAUAAGAAACCAAACGAUGCAUUUAACUUUUAAUAUACAUUACAUAUCUAGCUGGAUUUUUGAAAACAUUAUCGCCAAAAUAUACCUCUUCGUCAAGCAGUUUUUCUCGGCCAUAAACUCUAAAGUAGCCAAUGUAAAAUUAAGGGUGCAACCAUUGCUUUUUUCUCUUCUCCUCAUCUCUUUCUCUUCACCCUUUCAUAGGGACUUCAGUAUGCAUAAGAUUACUCGGAAACAUUAAGCUUGCUCUCGCGGGGGCUUCUUUAAGAGUGAUACCAUGUGACCACUUGGACCACGUGAAAGUUGUUAUUGCAAGCUGUGGGAUUUAAACGUAGUUGUUAGAUAAUUUUUAACACUUCUCUUGAUACGGUUGCACUUUGACUUUAAAAGGCCUGGGCAAGUGUAGUGAUCAUGUAUUUUAUAAAUAUAUUGGUCAGGUAUUUGGAGGUAACGUCGACGCCGAAACUCCAGUUCACCAUUCCCUGCACUCCUCAAUCGAAGCUCGCUAUCUGCGAUUUCAUCCCAGAUCUUGGAACAAUCAUAUUUCCAUGAGGGCUGAAGUUUAUGGCUGUCAGGAAGGUAAUUUAUAGAGGAAGAAUUUUUUGACUAGCAGUUUUUCAAUUCUAAGGAGAGGUCUCUCCUCGCGCCUCUAUCCUAUUCAUGUUUCCGGGGCACCCAACGACUGUUUUCUGUAAAAUGUUUGUCCUUAGAAGCAAAUAUUGCCUACAAUUUUCUAUUUCUUGGGAGCAGCUAAAAAAUUCUAAAUGACCGUUCCAUUCAUGUACAAUUUUCGAAGUUUAAUUUUUCACAUUCACUCCCCGGCCCAGGUUAGCCUAUUUUUCCUAGUAAAAAGGAAGCCUGAAAUUUUCGGUUUCAAACAUUUGAUGGAGAGAGGAAUCAGAAAAAUACUAACAUCUGUAAAGCUUUAAAUUGCAUCUAAAAUUUUAGGGAAAAUAAUACAGAAGCCCUUGUAAUUUCGAAAAGACUCAAGUUCCCCUAGUAUAACCUAACAGAUACAAACUUUAUAUCACUGCUUAGAAUGCAUUUGUAGAGAUCUAAAGGUAACUCUGUAAAGUGUUUUCAAUAGGGAGCUUUAGCAACGACGACGGCGACGGCAAAGAGGACGUCAAAAAAGCAGUAGGUUUAUUGCUCAAAACAACAACUUUGCACGUACAUCACGCUUUUUUCAUUUCUUUACCGUCCUUGCACGACUACGACGUGAAAAUGCCUAAAUGCAAGUUUUAUGGAAACAAGCGACGACGAAUCUCUUUUUCUCUCUCUAAACUUGAGUGUGGUCCUCAAGAAAUCAACCCUAGGAAAAUUCGCCUACACUUGCCAUUUUCAGCAAAUUGGAAUAAACGCGACAAAGAUUGAAAAAACGGGAAUUCAUUUUAAAUCUGACGUUUUCGCUACCGUUGCCAUCGUCGAUGCUAAAGCUGCCUAAUGUAUUUAGGAGGAAACCGUCGUUGGGUUCGCCUGAUGUUUAGUUACAAGAAAAACGUACAAACAAACAAAGAACUAAAACUAAAAAGAGCCUUUAUAAGGGUAGCAAGUGUUUGCAGCAAUGUUACGAAAAUGUAUUUCAAAAUAUAAAAGUAACGAGCAUGAAUAAUACGACACUUGUCUUUACACGUAGGGUUUGUUAACCAUCCGUACUGCGCUGAGAAAGCCACGUGAACUGGAAAAUUAACUUUAAUUACUGGAUUCUUCCCUUUGGCUCUGAGUUGCAGACUUUUUAAUGGUGAACACUUUGAGUGAUUUUAAAAGUUCGCUUUAAAAAUUUUUUUCUUUAUAAAGAAAACUUAUGAAGUACUGUUUAAAACACGAGCAGAAUGUGUAUUGUCAGGUUUCAAUAAGAAUUCGAGGCGAAGCCGAGGGGCACGACUGGGAGUUUUUUGAACGGCUUCAAAACCUCCCAUAGAUAAACUCAUUCUUGCACUAAUAUUUGGAUUUGGGACUGAUUAUUUUGGUCUAAAAAAUUCGACGUAAAGUUUAGCUGUGUCUUAAUCAGAUAUAGAGACACUUAUUAAACAUUUUCUUUACGAAUUAUUAAUACGUUUUUGAAAUUAAGCAUCAAUUACCAUUGACAAAAAUAUGAGAAUUAAUGACUGCCCUAUGUUCUGUUCUUUUUUGUUAAAUGCGAAUAAACUUCUGUUUUAUAAGGACACCUUUGUUCCAUGUCGCUUGGAAUCGAAGAUGGCCGAAUUCAAGACAGCGCCAUCACUGCGUCCACCAUUCACACCAGUGCCCACGCAGCCCACCGCGGCCGUUUGAACCUGGUGGCUAGGUCUGGUAAGGAUGGAGCCUGGUGUGGAAAGAGAAGUAACAACAAAGAAUGGCUGCAAAUCGAUCUUGGAAAUCCCACCACCGUCACUAAAGUAGCCACUCAAGGGAGGCAAAAUGCCAAUAGUUGGCCGACAAGUUACUCAAUAUCUUACAGCCUCACAGGUUCUUAUUGGGUCCAGUACACAGAACGCGGUAAAAUAAAGGUAAUAACACUAUACUCAUUACACUGGCCUCAGAAAAAACUUGAUCACCUAAAGCAUCUUUAAAGUAAAAAAAUAAAUGUUAAACUGCUAGCUACUGAAAACAUCCUCGUCUUUCGGGUCGAGUAUAAAUAUAAAAAGACAUUCCGCUUCAGUCAGAGCACAGGUGAUUUAAGUGUUGAAUCAGAAUGAUGUAACAAGUCUUUAUUGAGGAUAUCAAGCUCAGGUAACGACACCUAGCCCAAACUCUGUCGUGUGCCUUGAAAAAAAAAAAGCUUGUUCUCAUUGGUACCCAGCGAGUACUCAAUCUCGUAACCAGAAUUAAAAAAAAAACAUCUCACUGUUUUUCAUCAGCAAAAAAAAUGGCUUGCUUCUUACUGUAACUAAAAAGCAAAGUCCUGGUUGAUAUCAGAUGUUCCAACACCUUUAUUUUCUAUAAUUCCUCUGUAAUUCUUUGAUGUUUCGAUUUUAUAGGUACUUCGGGGAAACUUUGAUCGUGACUCCAUUGUUGUUCAUCAUUUUUUCCCACCAUUUCAUGCCCGCUUUGUUCGAAUCCAUCCUUUGAGCUGGUAUGGCUUUGUUUGCAUGCGUGCUGAGCUGUAUGGAUGUCCUAUUCGGGUAAGAGCCCAGUAACUACAAACCUUUCCGGCCAGUGUAAAUCGUUUUUUCCCUGUACAGGUCUGUGAUAUUACUCUAAGGCCCCGUCCACACAAAUCGGGAUAGAGCGAUUUUCGUAUGACCUUGAAAUGAAAAUGCGCGAACAAACAGAAGCAACAAACAAACGGAAAUAGAGCGAUUUGAUUUGUUUAUCGAACGGAUACAAACGCGCUUGGCUUUGUUAGCUAAGCGAACGCUCGGGUGAAAAAACUUCAUGCUUGAGAACUUUCUAGAAAUCAACCGAUACUUCGCUUUGACGACAUGCUGCAACACGAAUGGCCAGUCGAACAAUACCUUCAGUCCAUAUUAGGGUUCUCUUUAGCGGGAAAACGAAAGAGUCCAUGUUUUGAUCUUUUCAUCCAUUACCUGAUAAAACAAAUAACGAACACCUACUGAAACAAUUUUUCAAGGUGAUACGAAAAUCGCUCUAUUUUUGAAACUGCGUACUGUAUUUUUUUACUUUUUUCGCGUCCACACGAUUAAAACCACUAACUGAGUAAAUCCACUUAAUGAAACCACGUCUAUUUGAAACUAUUCUCCAGAGUGGUUUGAGGCCACGUCCAUACGAAUCCGGGUGAAAAAAUUAUUGUGUUUCAAAAACGUCUGGAUUCUUGUGGACAGGACCUAAAGAACUGUUUCAUACGUAUUUCGUCGUAUUCACGUGAACUUACACACAAUUUAUGAAAGAACAAUAAGCAAACCCGAUGACCUUUACAGACCUGCCAACUCUCACGGUUCUGCCGUGGGUCUCACGAUUGGGAACGAGGUCUAAUUCCCAGGUCUCCCAUGUUGAGUUUCCCAGUAGUCUUUGUAAGUUCAGCGCGGGAAAGCGAAACACAAAUAAAACAUUUAAAUAAACUGUUAAUGACUUUCCUCGAUGGAAAAGGUGUUUGUUUAAUCUUGAUCGGGAAAAAAAUAGAAUCUCACUAUUUUUUAUAGAAUCUCCAGAUUUUUUUUCAUGGGUCUCCAGAUUUUCCUUUAUCAGGGGUUGGCAGGUCUGCCUUUAGGAAAGCAAAAUACACAAGAGAGAUAAAAAGAUCUAUAUCCUUCAUUUAUUUACAUUGAGAACUUAGUGACUUAUUCUUUGUAAGACGAAAAGAAAAAGAAGAAUGACUUUUUGUCAGCAUAUAAUUUCAGGCUUUAAAGAUGUCAAAAACUUGAGAAAAAGUUAUUUUCAGAAUUUUUACAGCUGAAAAUGAAAACGAUAUAUCAUUUUGACAAGCAAUAUGCUAAGUAUGACUAUGAUUUGUUUCACUAAAGACUUACUUGUAUCGUUCACUUUAGGGCAUUUAAAAAGAUGGAGUGUAAAGACGCGCUGAGACGGUGCAGACACCCAUUGCUGACGGCUCAGUGACUGACGUACUUGGAGUUUUAAUGAACCCUUGUUUCAUUUUACUUUAAGGUCGUAACAUGCAGAAUAAAAAGGAACAAAAUAUGUUCUGUAUACCUGUCCUUUACGUAGUAAUAUUAUGUAACGUUCCAGAUACUUUUUUGGGAAAAAUAAGGUUUAAUCCACCGGCGAAUUUUAAGAAUCUCAAUUAUGUUAUGUCAGGGAAUCAAUUUGCGGACAUCUUUAGCAUCCGAAUUGCUGAGUCGAUGCUGAGAACUAAGCGACGUAUUUUCUCUUAUUGGCCUUCAGCCUCUGAUAAGUCACCCACCCUCUCCCCCCUUCCGCUUAUUACCACAGUCAGCCUGAUGUACGAAAUAAAAAAGAUACCUAAUAAUCCCUAACGUCAAAUCAAGAUGCAGGAUUUCAUCCUUAGACCGUGUACAACUUGAACAGUUUCACUCAUUCCCUUAACACCCACGAAUUGUUCUUUUUGGCGAAC